AUGGUUAAGGCUAUUCUUUCUUCCGGUGGAGUGGCAUCCCUCUGCGAGUCUAUCACAAGCCCUCCAAUGAUUACUUGCAAAAUUGAUGGUGUGAGUAAAUUCUCAAAUAUAGAGUUCACCACAGAGGGAAUCCGUGUAUGGAGAGCAUACGGCGUGGAACCUGGGAAACUGAUAUCUGCUCCGAAGACUGAGAUCCCAUCACUAGAUACUCUGCUGUCAAUGAUAGUACUCCAGGAGCACCCAGGCUCUUUCUCCCCCAUCGUGAAAGGGCGGACUACCACAACACAUCCAAGUGAAACCCAUGCUACAAGAGACCUGACGGAAACCGACGGAGAGCCUGCAACAGGAGACGAGGCACUGUUUACAAGCCCAGAAGCAGGAUGCACUAAGACAUUCCUGAGGCACUCCUCCAUGAUGCAACACUUGGACUGUGGCAAACACCAACGUGCUCUAGAGCAUGAGACGCUUUUUGACAAAGCUGCAUUAGAGUGUGCAGAGCACCUGGAGGGACAGCCAACGCUGGUACCUGUAGUCGGAACAGUUAGCUCGCCCGCCAGGGAUACAAACAGACAAGUAAUGGGUUGGGCACUUACGUCAGGUGAGUCACGAAGAACCAGGUUCACCCAAAGCCAGAAGCCCUUUCUGACUGCAAAAUUUAGAAUUGGAGAGGAGACCGGAAGUAAGGCAAAUUCGGCAGCAGUUGCACGAUCAGUGACGUGUGCCAAGGAUUCGAGUGGCAUCGUGUUGUUUAAGAGUAACGAAUUCCUGACCGCAAACCGAAUAGCAGGUUUUUAUUCACGUCUUGCCUCGAAGAAAACCCUUGUGGAUGGCGAGCAGCAAGGCGAUAUCGAAGUUGCCACACUUGAGUCCGGUUUGGACAAGAUUGUCAGUGAGGCUGUCCGUGGGCUAACACCUAAACACCCAAUUGUUUACGAUGCCUACAUUUGUGUGAGCUGGCGUCUCAGAAGAAGCUGA